UUUUUUUUUUUUUCCUCUCUUUUUUUUCCCUUGCUUCACAUUUUUUUUUCUUUUCCUACUUUCUUUUCUUGUAUAACGAUAGUUUAUCGGAAUAUGUCAAUACAGAAUAGUACUGAAGGACAAUAUUCCCAAUCCUUACAAGUUGCUUUAGAUCGUUUUCGACAGUUGACAGCAACUAAUGAAUGGAUCUUAUUAAAAUCGAACUUGGAACAACAACAAUUAUCAGAAACAGGACAAUUACAAUUAUGGAAAUACAAGAAUGCUUACAAGGUGUCACUAGUGGAUCGUGAUACUUCUACUUUUUGUUGGUCUUUGAACGAUUGGCGUAGUUUAAUAGAAACGGACGGUUCUCAGGGUGUGAAUCAAAUGGUGGAAAAUAGACAAGUGAUUACAAGGUUAGACAAACAUACUCGAGUUAGUCGACUCAGAAUGAAGGAAGAAUGGAAUAUAGGAUCUCGCGAUCGAACGUUGAUUGAACAAGUUAUACAGCAUCCAAAAUCGUUACGUUACAUUGCCACAUCUACUCAACAGGACGAUCCUCUACAAAUCAUUUGCCUUGACAUUUAUCGUCCAACCAAUCAACCUGAUCAACAAUCCCAUGUGAUUCUUUACUGCCAAUGGGAACCAAACUCUACUACUAAAAUUAUCGAGUCAAUAUCAACAUACAUGUUGCCUAUUAUCACCAGAUCUCUUUCCUUUUUAUCAUCACAUGGAUCACCUCCUUUUAUUAGUCGACAAGAUUCUGGAUUGCAACUUGAACAUAAUUCAUACGAUCCUUCUACUCGCACUUUGGAUAUCACAUAUCAAUACUGUCCUAGUAAAUUUCACUCAUCUACAACUGCUGUUAUUUUAUCACCCACUUCUUCUUCCAAUAUCAAUAUCCAUCGUCAUAUAUCAUCACAUUUAUCAGCACAAAGUAGAUCCUGGGAUCAACCUCAAGAACCCGUGUUAUCUUCUUCUUUACGAAAACACGAUUUUAUGUCCUCUUCUAUGGUCUUUCGUCCUUCGUCUCCCAAGCGUCUUCCAGGUUCUCUGAACAAAAGAUUUUCUUCCGUCGAUAUCUCAUCUUCUUCACCUACUACAAAACCAACAAUGCAGCAAGGAUUCUUAACGCCAACUUCAUUUAGUACUGAUACAACAACUGGAAAUGAAUUGAUCAUCAACUUCAGUGGCAAACAUACAAUGACAGCUCAUCUCACUCUACAUCUUACAGCUCACACUGAUACUGAUUUGGAGAUGGAUACUAAUGUGACAAAUCAAUUCGCUCAAUUAUGUAUACGAUGCGCCAAACAACAAAUGGAAAAUAUAUCCUCUGAUACUAGGUAUAACCUGUUUGUCCAUCAUCCAGUAUCGCUUUUGGAAGAUUUGAAAUUACCUCAGGGAACAACAUCGUUGACGAUUACGCUUAAAUUUGUAUUACAGCCUCAGAUAUCUUUGGACAACAACGGGAAAAUGAUGUCUACUCUAUUGAAAGAAAUGCAGUUAUUUUUGAAUGGAAAUCAAUGGCCAGUUCGAUCAUCAAUGCCUUGGGACGUGGCAAGCGAUAGUAAUGAGGAUGACGACGAUGAUGAUAACAAUAUAGACGAAAAGGACGACGAUAUGGAGGCGGACCCUUUUAUGGAUAGUAUGGAGGAUAUUCAUGAUUCGACAACAACAACAUCAGCAUUAACAUCCGAGAAAUCGUUAUCACAACAACCAUCAAAUACAUAUAUGAAUUCUCAUUUACCUUCUUCAUCGACUACUGCAGCAACACCAAAGAUACUUCAAUCAUCAACUACCUUGACUAGCAUGGAUCAGAAAGAGACAACGAAAUCUCCACUAUCUUUUGAUGAACGUCCAAUUGUAGCUGAAACUAGUGUGUCACAACCAUCUUCUGUUCUGGAACAACAACAACCGCAAAAUGAGGAAGCAAUAACUGACAAGAAGUCAAGACAACGGCGACCACCUUCUUCUGGGAAGAAAAUCCAUAUUCCUCAUGUCGAUCCACCUGAAGUACUCAAAUCCUACCAAUAUUUCGACGCUCUCCUCCAUAGUGACAGCUGGUAUGUUACUCAAAAACCUGAUCAAAACAAUGGAUUCGCAACUAUCAUGAAGAUGGAUGUGGACGGGCAUCCAACAGGUGCUCUUCUUUGUGAAACUGUGUGGCAUCAUUGUAGUAUCUGGGACGCUAAGGCUGUAUUGACAUGUUCUGAAGCAAGGGAAAUAUGGGAUUCAAUGUUUGAAAAAAGUGACUUUAUAUGUGCCUUGACACCAUCAUGUUCCAUUUGGCAUACCAAAUUGAAAAGCGCCUGGCCUGCAAGUCCUCGUGAUUAUGUUGCUUUUACUUCUCAAUAUACAUCAAAGCAGCGAGUGGAUAUCUGUUCAACAUCAUGUAUUGGAGAUACCUAUGAACACUACAUUUUACCAAAGGAAACAUCGGAUUAUGUACGAGCAACAUUAGAUCUUUCAGGAUGGAGAUUGGAUAGUAUGGAUAGUGGCAAUGGAACAACAUCAACUAAAUCAACACCUACCUCAGUGUCUGUACGAUAUGUUUUGCAAACACAUUUCCAAGGUUGGAUUCCAUGGUAUCUAUUGAAUCAGUUAACAACUCAAGCUCCUAAUAUACCAACUUCAGCUUAUCAGUAUCUGAAAAAAUAUGGGGCACCUCCUUGUGUAGAAGACUUGGUGAUGGCGACAAUACGAAAGAUGAAAUACGACCAUACAAAGAAGAACUGGCGAUGUGAAUACACAAGAUCUAUUGUUUCUGGAGAUGUUGGACCGACAAAAGCAAUUAUACGUUUAGAUCGACGGCGUUGGGCAUGUCAUUCAGUGGAUGGUAGCUAUUAUAAUAUUACAAUCGAUCCUCCUCCAUCCAAAGUCAUUGCUGAAGCAAGAAAAGAAGAUCCUUAUGGAAUAUGGCUUGAUAUUGAACAUGACGAAUCCUUCAUUAUUCCACAGAGGGCCAAUAUACUAGUGCUUAUCAAACCUGGAAGACAUCAAAAUCAUAAUCAUUAUCAAAUACAACAACAACCACAACAACAACCACAACAACAACCACAACAACAACCACAACAACAACCACAACAGCAACAGCAACAGCAACAGCAACAACAACAGCAACAACAACAGCAACAACUACAGCAACAGCAACAACAGCAACAACUACAGCACCGUCAACACAAAAAGAAACGAAGAAGAGCAAUUACCUUGAUGAUAAAUGGUGCAGCUACACCUAUACAAAAUGACAAUUCAAUCAACAAUGGGGAAUUCUUGGAUUUAGAAGAUCAAGAAGCAUCAUCAUCAUCUGCUAAAGAAGUGCAUCCUACAACUCCAUCUUCAGCAUCAGCAUUGACAACACCCGCACGUACUAGCUCUACUCUAACGUCAAUGGCAGACGAAAAUUCAAUAGAACAACAGUUGCAAACUCUUUCGGUGACGCCUAUGGACCAAGCACAAGCAGCAUUAUUGUAUUUGAAAAAGAUGGAUGAACAAUUUGGAUGGACGGCAGUGUCAGACAAACAAGGAGUACGUGUCGACAAGCGUUCGGGAACGAAAUCAUCUUCGCUUACAACAAAAACGAAACCAAUUCAAGGAGCAUCACACCAAACAAGCAGAGGUAAAACAUCAACAACCACCACUUCCUCGACUAUGACUACAUCUGAAGGGAUUACCCGAAAAAAGUCUUCUUUAUCACUUGCAGACAACAACGACACAACAGCUCUCAAAACGUUACCAGAAACCCGUCAUCAGUACUCUUUGGAUGUACCAGACCCUUAUGUUAUCUACAAAUCUUCCAAAGUGAUCGAAAAUUUUUCUGUGGAAGAAGUUGCUUCGGUAGUUACCAAUGUCUCGGAUGUCCGUGUGUCUUACGAUUCUUCUAUCGAAAAAUGUCAAGUAAUCCAACCUGUCCAACGUGGUUGUCAAGUUAUUCGACAAGAAAUCAAAGGUAUCUUUCCAUUCAAAUCGCGUGAACUCUAUCUGGCAUCAUGUACUGCGUUUGAAAAGACAGUGGGUCCUCCAUCAUCGAAAAGAAUUCUCUAUGUGGAAAGCUCGCUGGAUUUACCAAUCAUCAAAUCAAACAAGUUACCUAGAGGAAAAUUAUUUAUUUCUGGUUGGAUCUUGGAACCAAUUGACCCAUAUACAACAGCCACCAAUCAUCCUAUUCCUUCUAUGCGUGCUACUCAUGUCAUUGCUUUAGACCUUGGUUCCUCGAUUCCUUCCUAUCUCAGCAAUAUGGCUGCAUCCGGUACGGCAUCUAAAAGAAUCCAAUGGGUGGAACAAUAUCUGAAACAAAAAGGUCCUCUUCCUUAUUUGGUACAUCCUCUUCCUGCGGUUGGAUUGCAAAAAAAUCAAUGUGUAGAUAUAGAGUUAUUACAAGACGAAGAGAAUGGAUUUGUCAGCAGCAGCACAACGAAAGAUGAUGAAGGCAAUGUUCCUUUUGGUCAUGCCAAUACGACGGUCACUUCAACGACGACUACAGCGGUGGCAACAACACGUAUGACAACAUUACGUUGGAGCGAUGUACAGACAAUUUAUGAUCAGCAUUCUUUACUGGUGAAAAGUCAAUGUCAAUAUCAGCAACCUCCUCCGCCUAUAACACCACGAACUUCUGACUUUUCAUCAUUUUCUUCCACCUCUUCACCUUCUGCAGCAAAUUCAUCAGUAGUAACACCAUUAUUACAACCAUCCCCUACCCUGGUUCAACCGGUAAGCUCCAUUAGUGCCUCUUGGAUGGAUCGUCGUCAUAGUACUACAUCAUCUUCACAUACAACUCAGAAUCAACGUCGCGGAUCAAUGCCUCCGAAUGCAUCAUUGUCUUCUACUGUUACAGCUGCUGCCAUUGCCGCUGCUGCCAAACAACGUAAACUCGAAUUGGAAAACAAUACAAGUAACAACCAUAGCCCGACAAGUCGUACAUCUAGCGUGAUGAUGGAUCCUAUUCUUUGUGAAGUCAUUGUUGAUCUUCAAGCAUUUCCUCAAGGCUACGAUGUCCAAGUACGAUUUCGACAGCACCAGGAUGUCAAUGAUGAUAUCAGCAACAACAUUGAUGAUGACCAUUACGAUCAAAGGGAUUUAUCAGGCUUGUUAUCAGUGAUGAUCUCGGAAUUGGCUCCCACUCCAUCCCAUCUAUUAUUGGCAACAACUGAUAGUGCGAAAGCACCUCCAGGAAAGCAUGUCGUUCAAGUGACUCUUGUAGCAUCUUCUCUCUGUCAAACAACUCUCUUUCAACCCAAGGAUCAAGAUGUAUACGAUUUAGAACUAGAAUUACGACCACAUCAGCCACCACCGACUCAUAUUGAAGGAGGCGAUCGAUUGACGAUGUCUGAUAUAUUAGGUGAUGAUGACGAUGAUGAUGACGAUGAUGGAAAGAAAAAAUCAACAAAGAAACAUGGUAAGGAAUCAGUGCGUUGGCAAGGUCCUGUGUUUGUAGAUGGACAAAAAUUGAUGGCGUAUGGCGAAGGUAUCAGAAUCACAUCGAAGCGACGACCCACCACUGCGAUUUCUUCUUCUUUGUCGACAUCUAUGGAAAACAAAAACAAGAUGAUAACUGAGUCUUAUGAUGACAACAACAAGGAAAUGAGUGAUCGGUAUGAUGAAACUAGCUUGGCAACUAGAAAACAAGAUAUCAAGGAUCAUGAAUUACUUUCUGAUACAUCCUCUAUCUCUUCCUCUUACUCUACGUCUUCUUCUGGUGAAGAUGAUCAAGAAGAUCCUGAAACUGUAUCUAAUGGUCCUUUUCUUGGUCAAAGUGUAGUGGCGGCAGCUCUGGGUGGUGUGAACGAUAUCCGUAUGCGUGUGAUGUUUCCAUUUCGCAAUCCAUUUUAUCUCCCUCAGUCUCUCGAAGCAAUAACAGGCAUACAACCAUCCACUAAUGAAGAAGAGGCAAGCAAAAGUAUUAAUGGAAAUAAUACGACAGGAAAUUCAACAACUGCAGCAACAACGACAACAUUAAAACAGGAUGAAAACAAUGUGGUCAUGAAUGCAAGGGAAGAAGCCAUUCAUGAUACUGGAUUAUAUCCUACGGUGGUUAUGGUUCGAAUGAUGAUCUUGAUUGGUUUGAUUGGACUCUGUCUGUUUUAUGUACUGACCCUUGUGAUCUUGCAACCGAUGGUGGUGGUUUUUGAUACACAGAAACCUAUUUAUUCCUUGGGCCGAUUACCGUGGUUUGGUGGUUGGCAGAUACAACUUGUAGCUAGUCAAACUUCAUUCACUUGUCAUAAUCCAUAGUAUUCUUUAUAUACCCUUUCUCCCCCCUUUUUUUUAUACUGCUAUAUGUCAUAAUAAAAAAUAAAUACCCUGAUUUGAUUCACUCUU